UGCGUCAACGGCUCCAGAGCAAAUACAUCAUACAGAAAGCGGCACAACAGGAGGAACACAGCGAGAACAUCACACAUCAAUAAUAAGGCCAGCAUACAGAGAGCUGCACAACAGAGCGAUAACACAAGAACAACAUCAUGAGAGGCUGGACUCCUCUGGUGGCGCUAGUGUGGCUGCUACAGGUACUGGGCUCUUGCGCCAUCGGCGGGUAUCCAGGUACGUUCUACCAGAUCAUGCUACUCCUGAACAAGGACCGCAAGUACGGACGCACAGCCCCGUCUCCCAGCCGCCUGUGGGCCAUCCUCGACCCUGCCGCCUCCCUUGGCUCCCUAAGUCACGAGCCUCUUAACUCCAAUCGCAUCGUCAGGAGCACACUUCUGAGCAGAAACUCGGAACCCCGCCAGCUAGUGAAUGAGCAGGAGGAGGAUCUGAAAAUGGACUCCCCUCCAGAGGAUCUCAAAUUGGAGGAGGCUCAGACAGAGGCUACAAUGGAGAAGGCUCAGAUACAGACAACAAUGGAGGAGGCUCAGAUGCAGUCAACAAUGGAGGAGGCUCAGAUGCAGUCAACAAUGGAGGAAGCUCAGACGCCGGCAACAUUGGAGGAGACUCAGACGCAUACAACAAAUGCCGAGGUACCACCUGCGGACACUGAAGGGGGAGGUGACACCAGGAAUGAACCUACGGAUGUCAGUGAUGGUCCAGUCCAAUGUGGCGGUGACGUGCGGAUGAUUGACAUUCCUUUCAACUUAACGGGACAUAAAGGCUACAAGCAAGAAGAGUUGCUGGUGACGCCGGGUUGGGACGAGGGGGAGUACCCGGAGGACAUCGAGUGUGUCUGGAACCUGAAUGUGGGUGUGGAGUGCCAGGCGGGUCUGCUGCUGUACAAGGUGAUGGAAGGGGAGAUAAGGGAAACUAACAGGUGCCUGAAGGACUACCUCGAGAUUACUCAACCCAACGGCGUCUUUACCAAGUACUGUGGCCCUUUAGUGAAUAAGGGGAAACACGUGUCAGGGACGGACGCCUGGAGUUCAGCUCAGCUACGCACUACAACAGUUCGCUUUACCUCCCAGAAGCGUAAAGAUUCCCUUCAAGACGCUGGUACACCAACAGGAUUCAAAAUGAUGGUCACAUACUAUUGCUGGAUGUACAAGGAGCGCCUUCCCUCUACUACUAACCAGGUAGCCAGCAGUACGGAAUCUGGUGAGGGCUCUGGUAUUGGUAACAAGGACGAUGGUACAAGCAGUGUGAACUCUGGUACAGGAAGUGUGAACUCUGGUACAGGAAGUGUGAACUCUGGUACAGGAAGUGUGAACCCUGGUACAGGAAGUGUGAACUUUGGUACAGGAAGUGUGAACUCUGGUACAGAAAGUGUGAACUCUGAUACAAGAAGUGUGAACUCUGGUAUAGAAAGUGUGAACUCUGGUACAGGAAGUGUGAACUCUGGUACAGGAAGUGAGAACUCUGGUACAGGAAGUGUAAACUCUGGUACAGGAAGUGUGAACCCUGGUACAGGAAGUGUGAACUCUGGUAUAGGAAGUGUAAACUCUGGUACAGGAAGUGUAAACUCUGGUACAGGAAAUGUGAACUCUGGUAUAGGAGGUGUGAACUCUGGUACAGAAAGUGUGAACUCUGGUACAGGAAGUGUGAACUCUGGUACAGAAAGUGUGAACUCUGGUAUAGGAAGUGUGAACUCUGGUACAGGAAGUGUGAACUCUGGUACAGGAAGUGAGAACUCUGGUACAGGAAGUGUGAACCUUGGCAGGAAGUGUAAACCUGGUACAGGAAGUGUGAACCCUGGAAGUGUGAACUCUGGUACAGAAGUGAACUCUGGUACAGGAAGUGUGAACUCUGGUACAGGAAGUGUAAACUCUGGUACAGGAAGUGUGAACCCUGGUACAGAAAGUGUGAACUCUGGUACAGAAAGUGUGAACUCUGGUAUAGGAAGUGUGAACUCUGGUACAGGAAGUGUGAACUCUGGUACAGAAAGUGUGAACUCUGGUAUAGGAAGUGUGAACUCUGGUACAGGAAGUGUGAACUCUGGUACAGGAAGUGUGAACUCUGGUACAGGAAGUGAGAACUCUGGUACAGGAAGUGUAAACUCUGGUACAGGAAGUGUGAACUCUGGUAUAGGAGGUGUGAACUCUGGUACAGGAAGUGUAAACUCUGGUACAGGAAGUGUGAACCCUGGUACAGGAAGUGUGAACUUUGGUACAGGAAGUGUGAACUCUGGUACAGAAAGUGUGAACUCUGGUAUAGGAAGUGUGAACUCUGGUACAGGAAGUGUGAACUCUGGUACAGGAAGUGAGAACUCUGGUACAGAAAGUGUGAACUCUGGUAUAGGAAGUGUGAACUCUGGUACAGGAAGUGUGAACUCUGGUACAAGAAGUGUAAACUCUGGUACAGGAAGUGUGAACUCUGGUACAGGAAGUGUGUAA